GGCCUCAGCAAGGAAGCAGGGAGAUUGCCCGGGACUAAGGCAGCAGAGACCCAGUGGGUUUCCACACUGGGGACCCAGAGAUCUAGGAUCACGACGUGCUGCUUCUCCAGGGUCCGGGGGCCCAGUUCUCCGCCCCGCUAUCUCACAGAGGUAGAAGUCCGGGGACCCCAGGCCCCUCUUCCCAGGAACCCAGGACUUCAGGCCCUCCAACCUGAGCCGCUCUGAAGGCCGGUGGUAGGAGCGGAAGCUGAGACUCAAAGGAGCCCUCCUUAUGGACCUGGAGACCCCAGAGGAGAUGCAGGCUCGGAGCCUGGGCAGGCCCAUCAAAUCCUCAAAGCAGUACCUGCGGCAGGUCAUUGCAGAGUACGAGGCACUGGACCGAGAACUCCCGUGCAUCCGGAAGUUCCCCACACCACCAGCUGCCCAGCCCCUCUGCCUCUGCAUGGAGACCUUGCCCGAGGAGGAUUUUACCCACCUGGAGGUGCUGCAAGCCCUGGAGGCCCAGUUACCGGGGGCCAUGGAGAGCGGGCGCGUGAGCAGCAUCCGCUUUGAGAACAUGAACGUCAUCUGUGGGACUGCUGGGCGCCGGAACCGGUGGCUCAUCGCGGUCACGGACUUCCAGACGCGCUCGCGCUUGCUGCGCUCCGGGCUCAGUCCCCGCGGGCUUGCGCACCAGAUCGUGCGCCACGACGACCUCCUGCUGGGCGACUACCGCCUGCACCUGCGCCGCUCCCUGGUCCGGCGGCGCAUGCUCCAGGCCCUGGGGGCGGAGCCGAACGAGGAGGCCUGACGCCCGGGCCGGCCCCGGCAGCGCUUGCGCACCGCCCCGCGGGCUGGGGCCACCCACCCGGAGCCCCGGAGGACAGGGGGCGUUGCCUUCCCAGGAAGGAGGCGGGGCCGGCUCGAGGGGGUGGAUACUGUGAGUUUAAUUAUAAAGAAUGACCUGGUACAAAA